AACCUCUAAUAUUUAAUAGUACAUACGUACGUGGAGUCGCACCGGCCGGACCGUCCGCACUGCAGCUGGCAGCAGCCGGAACUUGGCCGGAACUAACGCUUGGAUCAUCGACCGCACCAUGCACAUUGCAGAGUACUAUAUCACAUUUACUCGUGGCGCCCGAGACCUGGCAGAACAUUUUCCAAAACCACGUAGAUCCGUUAUCUCUGGGCACCGCGUGAACAAAUAUUGUCUGUGGCUUGAGGCUGAUUCCGAUGGAAUCUCACGAUGUCAACGAUGAUCUCGUGCAGGUCAUAGUCAUAGUCAGCACAAGGAGAUAACAGCGUGUCGUUAACCUCAAACUGUCUUUUGUUACCUAUGGCAUCUCAUUCCACCACCCUUAAUAACGGCCAGAUCAUCCCUGCCAUCGGGCUGGGAACAUGGCAAUCGAAACCCAAUGAAGUUGCCCGCGCUGUCGAACAUGCGCUGAAGGCAGGCUACAGACACAUCGACUGUGCUUGGGCGUACGGGAACGAAAAGGAAGUCGGAGAGGGCCUGCGUGCAUCGGGCGUUCCGCGGGAGGAAGUGUUUAUCACCAGCAAGCUUUGGGGCACAUACCAUAAACGUGUUGAGCAAUGCCUUGACCAGACACUUGCAAACUUGGGAACAACAUAUCUUGAUCUUUACCUUGUGCACUGGCCUAUCGCGAUGAACCCGAACGGAAGUCACCCUGUAAUGCCGAUGCGCCCGAACGGAAAUCGUGACAUUGAUGAAUCCUGGGACAUCAGGGAUACAUGGAAGGGUAUGGAGGCCAUGGUAAAGAAGGGUAAAGUCAAGGCAAUCGGCGCAUCAAACUUCUCCCAGACGGUACUCGAGAAGAUUUUACCCACAGCUGAGAUCAUACCGGCUGUCAAUCAGCUUGAAAUUCAUCUGUACAAUCCGCAGCUCGAACUUCUUGAUUACUUGAAGUCGAAGAAGAUUGUUCCACAGGCGUACUCGCCCCUUGGUUCAACCAAUUCUCCACUGUUGACCGAUGAGUCUGCCACAGAGAUCGCAAAGAAGCAUGGCCUCAAGAGCACGUCCGAUGUCCUUCUAGGCUACCUGUUGGCGAAGGAUAUCAUUGUCCUUCCCAAAUCAGUGACACCAUCCCGUAUCGAGUCUAACUUGACCGGUGCGCUAGAGGCAUACAGUGUGCUGACACCAGAGGACAUCAAAGUCCUUGACGGUGUAGCUGCGGGUGGCAAGCAGAAGCGUUUCAUCAUGCCUCCCUGGGGUAUUGACCUCGGCUUCGAUAAUUGGCCCACUGCAACAAAGUGAGCAAUAGGCGCAGUCAUUCAUUGAUGUAUAUGAUUGAGUAAAUUGGAGUGCACGACUGUAACAUCUAAGGCAGACAUGAAACCAUCUGCAUCAGUAGAGCUGCAUGUAUUUCAUGAAUGCAUUUUCACACCGUUGAUUGGCUGAUGAUCUGGUGAACACAUGAAACAUAUGCAAUGUGACCGUACAAUGAAAUGACACGAAUCAGGAGUGAGCAAGUGCC